AUGAGAAAACUCUCAAAAUCUUCCACGACGUCGAAAAGCAAGCCACAACAAGGAGCCAAGAAGAGCCAACGGGGAGGCAACAAGGCUGUCAAUAUGCAACAUAAGAGAAAGGUCCGAGAUGUGGAGAAUGAUGAUGAGGUACAUUUGAGUGAUUUGGAUGAAGCUGAUUUUGAAUUUGCGGAGAGAAUGAGUAGUUUAGCCUCUAUGAAAGAUUCCGAUUUUGAUACCAACAAGAAACGGAAGAAAAAACCAAAGUUUGGUGCUUCGGAGAGUGAAAUUAUGUCAGACGAUGAUGACGAUGGAAACAACAACAACUCAAAAGUAUCGGAAGAUGAGGAUGAUGUGAAAGUAAAACAAUUGGAAGAAAAUUACUCAAAAACAAGACUUGGAAAGAUCGUAGAAAAGGCUGAAAAAGUUCUUGAACAGAACGAAAAGGAAGAGUCGCAAAAGAAAGUGAAAAUGAAACUUCCUAUCAAGGGAGAAGACGGUGUCAUCCAAAAACAAGUCCAAGUUUUGGAAGACGAAAAACAACAGAAAAAAGGCUUGACGAAACAAGCAAAGAAAGACAAGAAGGAGCAACAAAAAAAGAAGAGCGAAAAUGAUGAACAAGAAGACGAAGAAAUUGAAGAGGAAGAUGAGGAUGAAGUUUUUGACUCACUCCAUGGAAAAAUUGAGGAAAAACCAGAAGAAACUGAACAACAAAAAGAAACCAAAAAACAAGAGAAAUUAAGACUACGACAAAUUUUAAAUGAUCCCGUUCUUAGAGAUAAACGAAGACAGCAAUUGAGUGUAGAGAUUGGUUCAAUAGCAUCUUCAAUUUUGGAAGUUCCUGAUCUGAAUCUGGGUAAAAUUACAAGAAUUUAUGACCUGUGUAUGGACGGAGAUGUUUACGUGAAAAAGUUAGCAGUACUCUCAAUGUGUGCUCUCUUUAAGGACUUACUUCCUGAUUACAAAAUUAAUUUAGAAGCUGCAGGAGAAGCAACACGUUUCUCAAAAGAGGUCAAAUCCAGAAGAAAUUUCGAAGGUAGUAUUUUGAAACACUACCAGAAAUAUGUACAAUUUAUUGAAAAGCAUGCUAAAACUGCAUCUUCGAAAAUUCAAUUUAUUGCUGCCAAGUGCAUGAGCGAACUUUUAGUUCAUAGACCAUACUUUAACUUCACACGAGAUAUAACUUCUAUUGUCGUUCCUUUACUUGACUCCAAGAAUGAUCAAGUUCGAGAAAUUGUGGCAGAGAAUAUUUCCCUUUUGUUCUCCAAUGAUCCCACAAAAGGGUCCACGACACUUGACAUUGUCGAAGAAAUUGCCACUUUGAUCACAAAGAAAAAGUAUGAAGUUUCUCCCACCAUGUUUGACGUUUUUCUUUCCUUGAGACUAAAGACAGCGCUUAAGGAUAAAGUGCUUCCCGAUACAAUUGUCAACAGGAAGAAAAAUAAGAAGAAUAAGAAGAGGGCUAAGGAUUUAUCUGAAAAUGAGGAACUUCAACGAGAGUUAAAAGAAGCUCAAGGAUCUACCUCAUCUGAAGUUAGAAAAAUCCAAACCGAUAUUCUGAGAAAUGUGAUUGUAUGCUAUGUGAGAGUUCUCAAACAACAACCAGAGUCUCCAAUUGUCUUUAGUGCUUUGGCAGGUUUGGCCAAAUUUUCACACUUGAUGAAUGUGGACUUGUUAUACUCAUUACUCGAUUAUAUGAAGGCCUUGCUUGAGUCUGCAGAGAAUGUGAAUGAGCUUGUUCAAUCACACCUUAGCGAAGAUGAAAUCAAGCGUUUUAAACCUGUGGAGCUUCCAAUUCGAACUGUUUUACAAACCUUGAUUACAACAGCUCGAUUAUUGUCUGGUAUUGGAGGUGCCAUAGAUAUUGAUCCAAAAGAAUUCUACACUCAACUUUAUAACGUGAUUGAUCGUGUAAUCACAUCCAAAUAUGAAGAGACUAACUUUAGGUUGUUGGUUGAUGCAUUGGUAUUACUUCUCCUGAAACCUGUGAAGAUUCCUCUGGUAAGAGUGGCUGCUUUCAUCAAAAAGAUGUGUUGCUACUGUUUCACAACUCAUAUUCACAUCACUGUCUGCUUUUUAGAAAUUAUUAGGGAGCUCUUCAUCAAAUAUCCAAGCGCUAAACAAAUGUUAAGUGGCGAAGAGAGUGGAAUUGGAAGUUAUUCUUUUGAUGAGACAGUACCUGAUAGUACAACGCCUUUUGCAAGCCCACUUUUUGAAUUGAGUCAACUACAAACCCAUUAUCAUCCUCAAUUACAACUUGCCCUCGAUGGUAUUCGAGGAGUGCUAGGAAUUAUGACCAGAUAUCAGCAAACCAAAGCUAAAGAGGAAUUGAAACAAAUGACAUGUGACGAUUAUCAACAAAUUCUUUCCGAUUACACACCUUUUACAGGAAUUUUGAAACCUCCUGUGCAAGCUCCACCUCCUCACCCACUGCAAGAAAAGUUAGAAAGACUCAUGGAAAAGAAGAGCAAUCCAGACUACAACAAGAAGAAGAAACAAAAGAUUCAAGAGAAACAAAUUUAUGUUACACCCUCAAUAGUGCACAUGAGAUCAACAUUUGCUCAAGAAUGUCUAGAAAAGUCUUCCAAAUUGCUUUAA